AUGAGCAAAACGGCACUCAUCCCCGCCUACUGUCAACGAUGUCUAGCAAUCGUACGGAGGGCAGCUCCCACAUCAACAACAACUGCAUGGUUAGCCCUGCGCGUUAGACCUUGGACCAUAUUCUCGACUCAACAAGCACCCUCGGCCGCCUUUUCUAGUUCACAGCAAAUCCGCGAGGCCUUCCUUCGCGCCGGACCGGGGCGGGAACUCGGAUCUGCAGCCGCACGGAGGCAUCAGAGCCAACAAAUAUCUCAAGCACCAGCAGAACCCCACAACGAACUCGACCCCCUACCGUCCGACACUCCAAUUGAUACGCCACUCCCGGAUCCCAUAACCAAGUCCACUUCCCAAAAGUCAACAACACCACCAUCACAGGUGACAGGAUACAAGGAGAUCGUCCUUCUCGAGACCGACUUCCGGGAACGGUUCAUCAAGGGUGGCGGCAACGGGGGUCAAAAGAUCAACAAAACAAACUCGAACGUCGAACUCAAACAUUUUGAGACCGGAAUCGUUGUCCAGUGUCAGGCUACUCGGUCCUUACCUCAGAACCGCAAGUUGGCGCGCCGAAUCCUAAUGGGGCGAUUGGACGAGUACUAUAAUGGCGACCUGUCGAAACGUGGACAAAAGGCGGAGAAAAUUCGGGAGAAGAAGAAGAGGAUGGCGCGCAAGUCUGCGAGGAAGUACCAUAGUAGUGGUGGUGUAAACGCGAAGGACGAUGGUGAUGAUGAUGGCGAUGACGAUGGCUCUGAGUACAUGGAGGAGGUGGAUCCGAUGGCUGUGCCUGAGAGUGUUGUCCAAUUGACGACUCUGGAAGAGAUCCUGGCUGGAGACAACAAGAAGCCCUCUCGUAGAAAGUCCAGUCGUGCCCAUUAA